GUAAACUCGUCAAUCGCAUCUGAGUCGCUCUUCUUUCCUUCCGCCAUUUUUUUCUUUCUAGGUUGCAGAGUUAAAGGAGAAGGUUUUCAAUUAGGGUUUUGUAGAGAGAAAGAUGAGCCGAAGUUUGGGAAUACCGGUGAAGCUUCUUCACGAGGCCUCAGGUCAUAUCGUGACGGUGGAGCUAAAGAGCGGCGAGCUUUACAGAGGAAGUAUGAUUGAGUGUGAGGAUAACUGGAACUGUCAGCUCGAGGAUAUUACUUAUACCGCCAAGGAUGGUAAGGUAUCACAGCUUGAGCAUGUCUUCAUUCGAGGCAGUAAAGUCAGGUUUAUGGUCAUACCAGACAUUCUCAAACAUGCUCCAAUGUUCAAGCGGUUAGAUGCUAGAAUCAAGGGAAAGAGCUCAUCACUGGGUGUUGGCAGAGGUAGAGGUGCAAUGCGAGGGAAACCGGCUGCCGGGCCCGGGCGUGGAACUGGAGGAAGGGGAGCGGUACCACCUGUGAGGAGAUGAUUGAUUUUACGCUCAACAUGUAAGCUUUGAUUCUGGGAUAGUCUUUCUGUGAUAUCCAGGUGAAAGCCGCCUUUCUUGGUUCUGUCAUUAAUGCUUUAGAGAACACUGUAAAACCAAACAAGAGAGAGAGAUAUCCAGAUGCACUACUAGUUCUGUAUUUUGGGUUACCAAGAUGUUUGAAUCAUUGACAAGUUUUCGUUGUGAUCUAUUUUCUUCUUUGCGCAUUCUCCAUUUCUGACAGUAGAUGAGUAAAACAAAGUACAUUGUUUUCAUAAAGGUCUUAAUAAGACUAAGAUCAGAAAACAAAGUUGGUCAUUUAUAACAUUAAUAAUAUAAGCUAGAAAAUAAUAUUGUACUUGUAUUUUCAACAUGUAAAACCUUGUCUACUGCUAUUUUCCCAAAUUAUCCAAAAAAUUUCCAAAAUGACU